AUGUGUAUCCUUCUCCAGAGGAUUUAUAGGUGCUGGGAGAACGAUGCCUGGAUGCAGCACCCCUACUCAUAUCUUAACCGAUGCGCAAACCCCAGAUACGCAGACUGUAUCGCCCCAGGAGCCCUUGGUAUGGUGACGGAGAACUACGACGUACCCUGCCCUUCAUGCACCAAUGAGUUUUUCCAAACGCGCCACGCCCCGGUCCGGGUCACCGCGAACCUACACACGAUAGACGAAACCAGCCCGCGGGCCCAGGCCGCCGCCCGGGAGUACGCCAAAUCGCUAAUGGAGUUCCUCACCAUGGCCUUCACCCCGGCGGGCACCGUCGUCGACGACGCCGACGACCAGCGGGCGUUCCGCGUGUGUAAGAUGGAGACGGCCUGCCGCUUCGACAAAGACCACUUUGACAACGGGGCCUUUUGCACCGGGACCCAUUGGACGGAUCCCAAGCAGAAGGAGCCGUUCGAGGACAUCCCGACCAACACGUGGCCGGAGCUGCACAACAUCGGCGCGGCCAUGCGCCGGACCGUGUCCCAGGGAUACCUGUUCCCGUAUCGGGGCUACUGGCCCUGUCAAAUGGCCGUGUACGAUCCGGUCCUGGUGGCUCAAGACAACGUGCAGGUGGUGCCCGUCACGGAUAUGAACACCGAGAGACCCCAGAACGAGGGCGUCCCUGACGCGCGCCAACCUCCGUACGAACACUUCGUCCAGCGUCAUCUCAGCCAGCCAGAUAUCCAAAUCCUGAAGAACGUCGUCGACCCGGCCAACUCCCAAAACGCACCGGUGGCGGUCAUCCCGUUUCUCAAAACCAAGUUCGACGAGAAAUUGCGGUUAGAGAAGAUCUGGCAAGAGACCUUCAGCGGCGCCCUCGUCAAGUUUGGAGGCGCCGCCGCUUGGGAGGACUCGUGGGGGCAAUACAGCCUGGCGUCGGGAGGCGGCGAACGCGUGAUGCGGUGCGAAUUCUCCCUCAUCGCCACGACGCUGCUGUCCCAGGACUCGGGCCUGUCCCACGCGCGCGCCCGGGCCGUGGCUGACAUGCUCGUGCACAUAUGGGAGAUUAACCCCGUCCGGCGGGGCGAGCUCGUCGGCCCUGCGCUCCUGGCCCCGUUCGAGAAGCUCCUCGAGGCCGGCAGGGACAUGAUGCGGUUCUGGCCAUACAGCUUCGCCGGGGAGAUGCUGUUCAACGAGGAGACGCUGCAGUACACGCAGUACCACUUCAAGCGCAACCUGGCGCUGUGGCUGCAAGACGAGCACACCCGGCAGCGCGCCAUAGACGACACGUUCGAGCCGCUGACCGCGGAGGAGGUCGAUGCCCUCGCGGCAGCCGACGGCGAUCCGGACCCCAUCGACUGCGUGGCCUGCGGCGAGGAGAUGGACCGCCCGCCGCACGCGCAUGCCGCCGUACGCCUCAAGUGCGGCGCCGGCCAUAUGAUUGGUAAAAAUUGCUGGACGCGGUCCCUGCGACGCAAGACGGGGGUCCAGAUGGACGGCAUCCGGUGCCACUCCUGCGCGGACAAGGUGCUGGGGCCCUGGAAGAUGCCGGUGAACCUGGGCGUGGUGGAUGCCUACCGCGUGCCGAGGACUGACCCGUCGAGUCUGCAGAUGCCAGACGAUAUUCAACUCUAA